AUGCACACUCUCAAUUCCUCUAAAAUUGAAAUCACCACCUUCUUCCUGAUUGGAAUCCCAGGACUGGAGCAUGUUCACAUAUGGAUCUCUGUCCCCAUCUGUCUCACAUAUUUAGUGGCCAUCCUCGGCAAUUGCACCAUCCUCUUUGUGAUCAGGGUGGAGCCCUCACUCCAUGCACCUAUGUCCUAUUUUCUUUGCAUGUUGGCUGUCUCUGACGUGGGCCUGUCCUUCUCAUCCCUCCCCACUAUGCUGAGGAUCUUUAUUUUCAAUGCUACAGGAAUUUCCCCAAAUGCCUGUUUUGCUCAAGAAUUCUUUAUCCAUGGCUUCACAGACAUGGAGUCCUCAGUGCUCCUGGUCAUGUCUUUUGACCGCUUUUUGGCCAUACACAACCCUCUGAGGUACAGCUCUAUCCUCACCAAUGUCAGAGUUGCCAAAAUGGGCCUGGUGUUUCUCAUUAAAAGUGUGCUUUUAGUGUUCCCAUUUCCUGUCACCCUCAAAAGAUUGACGUAUUGUAGGAAAAGCCUACUUUCUCACUCCUAUUGUCUCCAUCAGGAUGUCAUGAAGCUGGCCUGCUCUGACAACACAGUGAACUUUUUCUAUGGUUUCUUUGUUGCCCUCUGUAUGAUGUCAGACAGUGGAUUCAUUGCUGUGUCCUAUGUAUUCAUCCUGAAGACUGUGAUGGGAAUUGGAUCCAAUAAGGAGAGGCUCAAAGCUCUCAAUACCUGUGUCUCCCACAUCUGUGCUGUGCUCAUCUUCUAUGUGCCCAUUAUUGCUUUGGCCUUCAUGCAUCGCUUUGGCAAGCACAAGUCCCCAAGGGCCAUGAUUCUCAUUGCUGACAUUUUCUUGCUAGUGCCACCUCUGAUGAACCCCAUUGUGUACUGUCUGAAGACGUGA